AUGUCGAAGCAGCUCAAUAAGGGAGAAGGCAAGAAUAGAUUCAAGUUUCGGUCCUUCCGCGAACACGUCGAAUCCAUAAAGCUCAAUGUCGGCUUCAAAUCUAUACGCCAACGCUUACAAGAGCCUGACGACGAUGAAUCCCACUUUAUCCUCACUCUCCAAAAAUGGCAUUUGCUGAAUCGGACUCGUCACUACACGGCAUUUGCAAGACAGGUCAAACCACUAUGUCCUACAAUCUCCCUACAGCUAUACCACAAGGAUCGCAUCCUAGAUGUCCUGCUAGAGAGUAUUGCUGUCAAGGACUCCAUGGCGUAUCACCCUCUGCUCGAGUUGCUCACUGCCUUUGUACAGGACUUACAAGAAGAAUUGUAUUCUGACUUUGAUCGUAUAUGUGCUUGUCUCUCAAAACUGGUAGCUGAUGGUGGUGAAGCUCUAUUAUACGAGUGGACAUUCAGCACCAUAUCGCAUCUCUUCAAGUACUUGACUCCUCUCUUGAUUCAAGACAUUAUACAUACAUUCGAUGUCUUCCACCCAUUAUUCGCAGAAAAACGAUCCUACGUACGAGGAUUUAUGGCAGAAGCAUUUGCCUUCCUCUUACGUAAAUGUCGUGGAGACAGUCUCACAACCAUAUUGAAUUAUAUCAUUGACAAAAUACGGAAUCCAGAUACGACACCAUACUUCCAGCAAGGUGUGGCUCAGUUGCUUUUUGAGACUAUACGAUCCGUCCGUCAUAAUUUACAUUCCAGAGCAUCACCCAUUUUGGAACACUUGUAUAAAUCAACGCUGGAUAGUACGAUACCAUUCUAUGAAGACAAUAUGGUAUCUCUGAUUGAGCUCCUCCACAUACAACUCUACGAACACACCAGCACAGAAAACCUGAACGAACCGGUAGCCAUCCUAUUAACCCUCUUCAAAUCUGGCGAAUCAAGUGAAAUCCAUACUGCAAAAUGUCUAGCAGUUUUAUCACCUUGCUUGACUGUUGCUAGUCAUGGGAGUGACUUUGCAGAUCGUAAAGGAAUCUACCAAUUCCUGAACGUGACUGGUCAAUCACCACCAGAAUGGUCCACUGCUCUAGAUCAAUUUGUGAUUUGUGUGGGAGCACUUCUCGCGGCUUCGUCAGAGCUGGAUAUAAAUUUGAAUGGACGAGAUUUGUUGCAGACUAUCUUCUCGAUUGAGACUCCAGAAAAGGUUGUAUCUCUGUGCAGGAUGUUACUACAACAAUCUAAUUGGAAAUGUUAUGAUUCUGUCAUUAUUCCACAUCUUGUAAAAUAUAUGAACCAACAUUGGUCACUUUCGCCAACCCUAUUUAUCGCAUUCAUUGUAUAUAUGAUUCAGCAAGGCAAAGGGUCAGUGUUGAAACUUCACGUCCAGAAAUCAGUACAUGGUCGUUCAAUAACAGAGGCGCGUAUCGUGUCUGGAUUACUUGCUGUGCUUAAUGGGACUGAAAUGCAAGUGGAUGAUGAUGGUGCAGAUGGUACGACGUGUAAAACAUUGGCAUCAAGAGGUCUAGCAUGUCUUGUUGAACCUCAAGUAGUCAUCCCAGCCUUAUCUCUGCAUUUCAGAACACUAUUGCAUUUACUACAGGAUGAGGAUUCAAGAACUUCAGCAUGUCCAGCUCUUGGAUAUCAUCUAGAGUCUAUGGCUAUGGUUUGUAAGCCAGAGACUUGCGAGUCGUUGGUGGACGUAUGGGCUGAUACGUUGGAAACUGCGUUGCCAUAUCUUCAUAAUGAUGCUACGGCCAUGUUGUCGCUUGCUGAAUUUGGUGUUCUUAUGAAGAGUUAUGGACGUAAAUCCAUGUUUGGUCUAAGCAAACUAUCAUCAGCACUCACCACAUACAUUAUAAACCUCAACCACCCAAAUCACCAUCUACGCCUCGCAUCACUACGAUACAUUACUCUCUUCACCGAACCAGACCUCGACCAACUCACCACAAAUAAUCUACAAGGCCUCACAAAAACACUACAACUCUGCCUCAAAAUGGAAGAAAUGGAAAACAAUCCAAACACUCUCCGAGAAAAGACCAUGUUGUUGAGACAAGUAGAAACGCUCUGUUUAUCACAACAUGGGAAUCCACUGAUUACAGAGAUAGCAGUGAGAUACUGUAUUGCAUUGUUGACUGUAGCAUUUAGUCCGCUUUGGCAGCCAGUGUCGACCUGUUUGUCUGCGGCUGUGUCUGCUAAUGUCAAGGUUGGGAGUCAGAUACUUUUGUCAGUGUUGGAAGUUGUGCAUCGGCAAGUGGUAUCGGCUUCAACUUCUGACAUGGAUUCAAAGCCAAAGUUUCAAAUACGCAAUGAUGGAAUUGAAUGGGUAAUUCAUGAUCCACAUUGGUCUGAUUUCAAACAAAUGAGCGAAGAUAAUGCUGCUAUUGUUGUUGAUCCGUCAUCAGAUUUGGAUAAACUGCUUGUUGAGGCAACAACAAAGUCAUCUAGAUCUGUUGAUCCAGCGAUAAACUACAAAUGGUUGAUCAAAACCCUUGUACCAUUAUGUGGCAUAGUCGAACAGAGGUCGCAAUUUGUUGUUCCGCUGUUUCUCGAACUCGUUAAACAUGACGAUGGAGAAGGAGUUGAUGAAUCAACAGACACGGACGCGGAUGCUGUUGCUACUCCAGUCUUGGUAGAGUCUAGACGGCAACGUAUGUCAAGACGUACUCUAGCAACCUUCGUAAUCGAGUACCUCUCCGUCUUUGCCAAAUUCCGACACCCAGAAAAGGCAGACAUGUUUGAACAAGUACAUCAAGUAUGCUUACACUUGCUCCUCAAAGAUGAUCCCAAACUGCAACGAGCAGCACUAGAUUGUAUAGCAGGAUGGAAACAGCCUGGAAUAAUUAGAUACUUGAGUCAACUGCGAGACAUGACGGAUGACUCCAAGUUUAGAGACGUCAUGACGAAUUGGAGUGUUUUGGAACUCGACAGUAUAGAUCCACAAGAUCGUCAGACUGCGUGUAUAGUGCUUCUACGAAUCUUGUACGGGAAACUGUUGGCGAGAAGUGGCAAAAGCUUUUCAAAGAUGAAGUCGCAUCGAGUGGCUAUAUUGACGUUUAUUGCUACACUGUCGGAGGGUGAUUUGAGAUUCUUUUUUGGACUCUUGUCUGGAUAUUUUGAAUCAAAUAAUCCUGAUGGUACUGAUGAAGAAACUAAUAGUAGCAGUAAUAGUAUUAGACAGCAAUUCAUCGCUCGAAGUGGAGGCUUCCUAGCUGUAUUAGAAGACUUUAUCCGCAUCCUUGGAAGUCUUGUUAUCCCAAUAUUACCCAACGUCAUGACCAUCAUCUUAAAAAUGGCAGCCAUGAGUAGUAAAUCCCGAGCCAUGGAAGACGAUAGUAAACAAGUAGAAUCCCGUCUCCGAACCAUCCGCCAACAAGCCAUUCGUCGAUUAUCUCAAAUAUUUAACUUCCACUUUGACUUCAAUUUUGAUGAAUUCAUGCCGUCUCUAUUUAGUAUCGUAUUAGAGCCACGCCUAGAACUCUUUCAUAUUGAAUUGAGUUAUGGCCCAUCUGCUCUCAUGGAUUUGUGUAUAGCGUGGUCACAAAAUAGGAAUUACGCACCGUAUUUGGUGAAUCUGUCGGCGGAGAUUGUGCCUCAGAUAUUCAAGAUACUUGCUGCCAAAGGUGUCAAAGAAUCUGCCGUAUCGUCUGUAUUGAGUCUUGUUGAGAACAUUCAACGGCUUGAUGAAGAAAUCGAAGACGAUAGUAGUAGUAGCAGUAUGAUUGAAAUGGUGAUUCUACCACACGCAUCGCUCUUCCUUACGAAUCUCGGAAUGAUUGUUGAACGAGUACUAGAUGAUGGACAAGGUGGACUGAAAUUGACAUCAAAUAAUCUCAUAUCUCGAAUUAUAUCCAGUCUGGGACGUCUAUCAUCGAAACUGAAUAGUCCAGUUGAAGGUCGUAAAUUGGUUGAUAUCGUAAUCCCAUUCUUACGAAAAUCCGAUAAAGCCGUACCAGAAGACCGUAAAAUUGAUAUCUUGCGAGUGGUGCAAAGCUACAUACCCAUUCUCUUUGCUGAUGGUAUAAGUAGUAACAGGCCGACAUAUGAGAUACUGUCACGACUGUUUUAUCAGUUGUAUCAACGAACAAGUCGUGAACAGUUAUGUCGAGUGUUCGAAGACUUGGCUAGAGUCGAUGCCAGUCUUGAAUCCACGGUUGCCAUCUUGGUUGAUUUGAAUACGUGGUCGAAACGUAUACUAGAUGAGCCUGAUUUCGGACGUAAAUUUGGUGCUUUGCAACGUAUUACCGACAGGACAGUGCUAAGGGCCUUGCAACCAUUACAGUGGAUUCCGAUAUUACAUAACAUGUUACGAUGUGCUGAAGAUCCAGCGGAAUUCUCGGUACGAUCAGCAGCUGAACAUGCACUCACCAACUUUAUCGAGCAUGCUACUGCCCGAUCUGAAGAUGAUAGUUCUCUACUACGCCCAGAACUAGAGGUACUAGUGCUACAAAUAGUAUAUCCAGGCAUCCGACGUGGAGUUAGUAAUCCAGUAGAAUUCGUACGUCAUGCCAUGACUACAUUAUUAGGAAUCGUAGUCAAACAAAUGUCUCAUCUCCCUAUAUUCGCUGAAUUGAAUCCACUCUUGGCUGGUGGUGACGACGAAUCCGAUUUCUUUAAUAAUGUCUUCCACUUGCAAUUACAUCGUCGUACACGAGCACUGCGCAAGCUAGCUGAAUAUGGUGCUACUGGAACUAUACGUAGCUCUACACUAUCGGAAAUCUUUAUACCAUUGCUCUUCCAGUACGUCCAUAAUGAAAAGGAGAGGUAUGAUCCGAAUUUAGCACAAGAGGCUGUUGUAUGUAUUGGUAGUUUGACGAAGUCGUUGAAAUGGGGGCCGUAUUAUGGAUUGCUCAGGAAAUGCCUAACGCUUGUGAAGACGAAGCCGGCUGGAGAGGCUAUAUAUAUUCGAACCGUUGUCAGGAUUUUGGAUAGUUUCCACUUUGAUCUUACGCAUCAUGAAGUUAGUCUUGAUGUCAAGGUCGCUGAAGCAGAUGCUAUAGCUGCAGUUGAAGAUGCAGGUGUAAUAAAUGGGUCAAUGGACGUUGAUGUUGAUCCGAGAGUCACUGAAGAUGCCAAGGCCGAUAAUCCAGACACCGAAAAUGCUGAUAUGGAUGUAGCAGAAGGAGCACCUAUAGUGAUUGACGAUGAUGUAGUGGAAGACAUGGUAUUAGAUGAUCCCAUCGCCGAUACAACUGCAGGAGACGAAGAAGAGAAGCAAAAGUUAAUGGACAAGAUCCACAGCACUGUAACAAGAGUCUUGUUGCCAGAACUGGGAUCUCUGCUGACGAAGCAGGAUGAAAAGAAAUAUACCAAUCUUCGGGUUCCUAUAGCUGUAGGUAUAGCCAAUCUAGCUCUCUUCUUGCCAGCAAUCAGUCGCGAAUUACAGAUUCAUCGACUUUUGGUUCGGUUGUCUGCAUUGUUACGUAGUCGAGUCAACGAGCUGCGAGAUCAGACACGAGAUGCUAUAAACAAGAUCUUAUUGUUGAUUGGACCAUCGUAUUUGCCUGCUCUAUUGACACAUCUGAAGGAUGCAUUGUUACGUGGUUAUCAGCUACACGUGCUUGGAUAUACCGUGCAUUAUAUAUUGACUGCUAUAAUGACGACACUGAAACCUGAAGCACUCAACGCCAGUAUAGCCCAAAUAGUUAGGAUCUUGAUUGACGAUAUAUUUGGAUCAACCAGCGAAGAACGUGACGCCGAAGAAUUCAAGACAAAGAUGAGAGAAACUAAAAACACAAAGAGUUUCCAUUCUUUUGAAUUGAUUGCAUCAAAUAUGGGACCAUCUGCCAUGCAAGAUUUACUAUCACCGAUAAAGGAAUUGCUAUUGGAUGUGUCUUCUAUAAACAUUAAAAACAAGAUUGUGGAAAUCUUGAAAAGAGUUAGUGGUGGUCUUACCACCAAUACCUCAUUUAGUCCCGUAAAUGUAUUAGGUAUCCUAAAAUCUCUUAUUGAAGAGAAUCUGAGAUUGACUGAGGCAGUCGGAGUCAAGAAACAUUUAGGUAUAGUAGAUGAACAUGCUGCCAAGGAUAUGAGUCAAGCCAUAACUAGAUUAUCUGAAAACUCUCAUGUAUUGGUUGAAUUUGGACUUAAUCUGUUGCUAUCGGGUACCAAACGCCAAAGUAUCCGAUUAACGGAUCCAACACAUGCACCGCUCAUGAAUGAUCUCGUGCCAGUCUUAGGCAAAUGCACGUACUCUGAAAACACGGAAAUCGCAUCACUAGCUAUACGGAUCUUGUCAUUACUAUGUCAGCAUCCACCGCCUCAAUUCACUGACAUGCUUCCCAUCAUUGUGAAGCGUGUCUUUGAAAUAGUUAGUAAAAUGCCAUCAACGGACUCCGAGAUCGUACAAAACUCGUUACGAUUUUUGACUAUAAUCAUUCGAGACUUCCCAACCAUUAAUGUAUCAAACACACAAUUAUUGGCUCUCUUGUCUCUCAUCCGUGUCGAUAUUGAAAACACGAUGAGACAGUCUACGGGUUUUGCACUGGCUCGAGCAAUCUUGGCUCGCAAGGUUGUAGCUACUGAAGUAUAUGACCUGAUGGAUAUCAUAGCAACAGCACUGGUAACAUCACAGAGUAAUCAGACUCGAGAACUAGCACGGAUGGUAUACAUGCCGUAUCUCCUAGAUUAUCCUCACGGACCGAAACGACUACAACGAAACAUUAUCUCGCUUGUAAAUAAUCUUAAAUAUGAGCAUGAAUCAGGUCGUGAAGCAGUCCUCGAGAUGCUUCAUGGUCUCAUCUUGAAAAUGAGCAACGAGAAUAUCAUUGAGUUUGGUGAAACCUUCUUCCUGUCGUUGGUAGUCAUGAUGGUGAAUGAUAGUAGCAACAAGUGUCGCCGCAUGGCUGGUGAACUUAUCAAGGCUCUAUUUGUGCGUAUUGUGGCUCUAGAUUCAGAUCGGGUAGUUAGGUUAUUGAGUCUGUGGCUGUCGGAUCCCGAGAAUGAGCAGCUGCUACGUACUGCUAUUCAAGCAUAUGGAUUGUUGAUUGAAGCUGUCAAAGAAAAAUCGAGGAGAUGGUUGCCGGAUGUCAUCCCGCAUAUCCAAUCAUUCUUAGACCAGGCUGUAGAACGGAUUCAUAUAGAGCCUAGUCAGGAGACUGCAGACACCAUGCCAUGGAAUCACGCAUACUUUCCGCUAAACACGCUAUCAAAAGCUUUUGAAGUGUUUCCCGAAAUCGGAUAUACACAGCCUAAAGUAUGGGAAUGUGUGGGCCAGUUACUCUUACAUCCACAUUUAUGGGUACGAGGUCUCUCGGCUCGACUACUUGGAUCGAUGUUUUCACAAGUAGAUCCUACACUUGUCGUCGUCAAGACCAAAUCACCACAUCCAUAUCUACGAAAAGAUGGUGUCAUACGUUCAUUAACUGUAUCGUUGUGUGGACAACUGGCUAGUGCUAGCUUGACUCCUGAAAUGGGUCAUCAGGCAGUCAAAAACUUGGUCUUUAUUGCCAAGCACUUGGAAGCUAGUUAUGGUGAUACUAUGGUUGAUGAGGAUGUGUUGACUCUUGAUGGGUUGUGUGUCAAGAUGUGUGGAUUGAGUAAUGGAGCAAGGCAGCGGAAACAUUAUCUCGCUGUCAACAACACAUACAAGUGGUUCGCAGCUGUGUCAGCCUUUGUCUCUCCAGAAAGGCUAUUGACUCUACUACGACCUAUCGUUACGACUGUAUAUCGAGCAAUCAAUGAUGAUGCUGUUGAGCAUGAUGCUGCAGAUCUCAAGAUCCUAGGAACGGAAGUUCUAGAAAUGUUGCAGAAACGAGUUGGAGCAUCGGCAUACUUGCAAAUCUUCAACUUGGUUCACGCCGAGAUUGCAGAUAUCCGUCGUGAACGAAAGACUAAACGAAAGAUUGAGGCUGUAACGGAACCAGUUUUACACGCCAAACGCAAAAUGCAUAAACAUGAGCUCAAGAAAGAUGCCCGAAAACGUAAAGUUGAACAAAGGAAUGCCAAUGUUGGAAGAUACAAGCGUCCACCUAAACCUAGAACUGAAGAUUAA